AUGUCCCAAUAGAAAAGAAGAGAAUAGUUAGAAAAAAUAUCCAAUUCUUAGAAGGAAGAACAGGAUAAAAAUAGAAGAGAUGAAUUAGAAAAGGAAUUUUUGAAAUGCUAAAAGAGAGGUUAAAUGCAUACCAAUUCAAUGAUGAAUUGGAUAAACAAACAUCAAAAUAAAGCAGAUCCAAAGGCCAAAGAAAUGUAUCGCUAUCUUCCUGAAGAAAGAGUAUAUUAAUAUAAAUGAACCAUCAGCGUAAACACAUUGAGCUAACCCUACUGUUUGAGAAGUUUGACAAUGAUGGUUCCAAAGCACUAGAUUUUAUUGAAGUAUUUAGAAUGUUCACUAAGUAAUUGUGAAUGAUCAUUAUAGAUAUGGAAUAUUCAUUACUAAAAAGGAAUUACUUGACUUUUUUAAAGUAGUUGACCAAAAUAAGGAUUUCUCUUUAAACCUCUAAGAAUUCAAAGCAUGUUAUUUAGACUCUGCUGCAAGAGAUAUAUUUGCCAAAAUAAUGAAAUAAUUAAUAGAGAGAACCUAAUUGACUGAAGAGGAAAUCAAUGCAGCCUUAAAUUAAAUGAAUGAAUUGAACAAUUAGAAUAACAACAAUUAAAAUUAGAAUCCUAUUCCUGCACUUCCUAAAUCUUUUUAAGGAGUCAUUAGUUUGUUGACAUAUUUGAAUACUAGAGAUGAGAUUAAAGAUAAGUUGACAUCAAAAUCAGUAAAUAUAUAUGAAUAAAUCAAUAAUCUAAAAUAAUUAAUUGAAUUGAGUAAUAAAAUUGAUGUUGUUUAGAAGGUGGAGAUUGAGAGAAAGAUUAAGAUAAAGAAAUCUUCUGAGGAUAGAUUAAAUAAAUUUAAGAAUUAAUUAAAGUAAAUUAAAGAUAGAGCCAUUCAAACUGGAUAGAUGAUGGCUGAAGAGGAAUUGAGAUAAAAAAAUUCUGCAUUUUUGAUAACUGUUUUACCUUAACGUAAAUACAAAUACAAUUACAAAAGUGAAAAUAAAUUUAAAAAAAUUAUACCAAAUAAAUAAGAAGAAUUACACUUACCUCGCUAUUCAGAUUAAAAAGUAAAUCAAUUUUAUGAAUAUAUGAAUAUUAAUAUUCCUGAUUAAUUAAAGAAUAUUAAUAAUAGAAUAUGGACAAAGCUAUUUGAAAAUAAUUAAUAAUUGGAUAUAAUACUAUAAAAAAAUAGGAAAAAUCAAUUAGAAUCUUAAAGAACUGAUAGAUUAAAAUAAAAGAUUAAAUAAACCUUAGACAAUCUUUAAGCUAAUUUUGAAACAGAUUUUGAUAGUGAAGCAAAUAGAAAGCCCACUUUAGAAUCUCCAUAAGAAAAAUAAUCUACUCAAUUUCCUAAUUUCUUUACUUCAAGAAAUUUAAUGUCAUAAACAUCAGAAGAUUUUAGAACUGCUAAGACACAGAGAAUGCCUCCAGGAUCCUCAAAGCUAUCUUUUCAUUGAU